AUGCCACAAAACAUCUACGACACCCCCGGGUUCUUCACCAACUACUCAAAGCUGCUGCGCUCGCGCGAGGGGCUGCAGGGUGCUCCGGAAUGGCCCCGGCUCCAGUCGUUUUUCCCUGAUCUGGGAGGCGCACGGGUCCUGGACCUCGGCUGCGGGUUUGGAUGGUACAGCCGCUGGAUGCACGACCACGGCGCGGUCGAAGUCCGCGCCGUCGACCUAUCCGAAAACAUGCUAGGCCAGGCGCGGCUCAUGACAGACGCCGGCCAGUACCGCGGCGUUAUGUUCGAGCGCGCCGAUCUCGAUGGGUCCGACGCGCAGCUGCAGCAACUCCUGCCAGGCGCGGGCAACAACACACUCGAUGUCGUGUUCAGCGCGCUGGCGCUGCACUACCUCGAGAACCUGCCGCGUCUUGUCGCGCAUGUGCACCGCGUGCUCCGGGCCGGCGGCGUCUUUGUGUUCUCGGUGGAGCACCCGAUCUUCACGGCCCCGUCGGCACCGGGCGUGGUGGAGAUCCCGGCGCCGCCUCGGUCCGGGACCCACACGGUGGCGGCGCCGCAAACCCGCAGGGUGUGGCCGCUGGACAGCUACCAGUCCGAAGGGCUGCGGGUUACGAACUGGCUGGCCGACGGAGUGCGGAAGCAGCACCGCACCGUCGCCACCUAUGUCAACAUGCUGCUCGACGCCGGCUUCGAGCUCACGGGGUUCAACGAGUGGUACCCGACCAGCGCCGAGCUCGAG